AAAGAUGCCUAAUAUGAGAUAGGCGCUAAAUAUGAGAUAGGAAGAUAUUGGUCAAACUACUCACGUCAGUCAUUUGGCGCUAGUGUGGCUCGGAUUGACACAUCAACAGUGCUAAACGUCUGUCAGUUCGCGCCGGCUAACGGCAAUGUAAGAACGUGUGCGUGUUGGUUAUUUCAACAUCGUAAAACCAAAUAUUUUUCAUCAAAUGUUUACAAGAUGCCUCCCAUCAAAAGAAAGACCUGGGACCACGCUGCCAUGAUACAGGCUGUGAAUGCAGUACGAAGAAAAGAAAUGGGUUACUUAAGAGCAGCGAAACAAUUUGGUGUUCCUAAGGGUACCCUUGAGCGCUAUGUGAAAAAGGAUGUCCGCGCAGAAGAUCUUGUCCAGGUUCGUAUGGGAAGACGGCCAGCCUUGCCUAUUGAUUUAGAAGCCGAGCUGGAAAGGUAUUGCAAAGAAAUGGAUAGAAGAUUUUAUGGCUUACGUCUGCAGGACAUUAAAUACAUGGCGUUUCAAUUGGCAAUUAAAAAUAAUUUGAGGCAUCCUUUCAGUGUUACUAAAGCUUCUGCUGGUAAAAAAUGGCUUCGUGGAUUUUUGAGGAGACAUCCUACAUUAUCUAUUAGGACACCUGAAGCAGUUUCUGCUGCUAGAGUAAAAGGAUUUAAUCCAGUUGCAGUCGCCAACUUUUUUGAUUUGUACGAGCCUGAACUUGAUAAGAUAAAAUCCGCUCCACAUAGGGUAUACAACGUUGACGAGACAGGAAUAACAGUAGUUCAACAUAAACGUUCCAAAGUUGUCAGUAUGAAAGGCAAAAAACAGGUCGGUGCGUUGACAUCUCUGGAAAGAGGAAAGCUCAUGACCAUAGUGACCUGUAUGAACGCUUGUGGUACCUACGUGCCUCCAUUAAUAGUUUUCCCAAGGAAAAAUAUGGCUCAAGACCUAAUGGAUGGUGCACCAGCAGGUUCCAUUGGCGAUUGUCAUCCGUCAGGCUGGAUCCAGACACACCUAUUCACAAAGUGGUUUCAGCAUUUUAUCAACUUUACAAAGCCAAGUAAAGAUGAUCCAGUUUUAUUGGUUUUAGAUGGCCACUACACACACACGAGAAACAUCGAUCUUAUUAAUUUAGCUCGAGACAACAACGUAAUUAUAGUUUGUUUACCGCCACACUGCACUCAUAGAAUGCAACCAAUGGAUGUAGCAUUUAUGAAGCCACUAAAAGCUUACUACUCCCAAGAAAUUGAAACUUGGCUGCGUAAUAAUUCGGGGCGCACUCUAACAAACAAAUAUGUGGCUAGAUUGUUUGGUGCGGCUUAUGAAAAAGCUGCUACCAUGACCAACUCCGUUAACGGUUUUCGCAAAGCUGGGUUAUUUCCGUGCAAUCGACAUAUUUUUACAGACGAAGAGUUUUCAAUCUUUAAUGAUGGGGAUGAAGAGCAAGAUUUACUUAAUGUUCAGAGAAAUGACGAGAACGCAGAUCUGGAAGAUACUAGUUAUGUGCUUACUUCGAUUGAAAACCAAUCAGAGCCAACUGAAAUCUUACCCAAUAGCGGAAUUACAAAUGACAAUCCUUCAGAUGAGUACCAAGGAUUAGCAUCUUCUAAAACAGCCUCAACAGCUAGUGUUUAUGACAAUCCAGUACCCAGUACAUCGUCUUCUGUCUCCCCGUUUGCACUUAAGCCAGUGCCCAGGCUACCUAAGAACAAUUCUUCUUCUAAGAAAACCCGAACUGGAGCAGCUUCUAUAGGUAAUCACGGCAUCUCCGUAUAAGAAGUCAUUAGAAGAAUCCCUAAAUAAAAAACAAGAAAAAGAAAAUAAGAAAGGACAGAAGAAACAAUCAGUUAAAAAACAGCAGACAAUGAAAAAAAAACCUAUUAAAAAGAAAAAAGCUGAAGAAGUUAGUUCCAGUUCCGAAGACGAUGACAUGCCUGAGCUGGCAGAUAGCAGUGGGGAUGAAUAUGAUGCUGAAUGUCCCUACUGUAGCGGUAACUUUUCGCAGGAUACAAGAGGAGAAAAAUGGGCCAAAUGUGAUAGUUGUUUUAAAUGGGCUCAUGAAGAUUGUGGAGAUGUAGCAUCGAAUCGUUUUUUGUGUUCAUUAUGUUUAGAUGUGUAAGACAUGGUAAGACUAAAAAAUAAUUUAGAAAAGAUUUUAA